AUGGGCGUCUUGUGCAUCACCAGAGUAUACGUCAAGCCGACUGCAGCAAUCACCAGAGCUGGCAACAUGAUCUACCUCGCGGUCAAGGAUCUCCGGGAAAUGGCUAUAGCCAUCAACAACUCAUUCUACAACGACAUCUUACAGAGUGGGCAGAAGGCAGCCCUUACGCAGCAGCAAAGGCCUACAACGUACUUGCGGCUUCCUGCGUCCUUGGUCACCGUCGAUCGCGGUGGUCCUACCGCCCGCCAAACCAAGCGUGAGGCGAAGGGCCGCACCUCGCCAGUCCAGGGCAAGGCUCUCAGCCCUGGUGCUCAGCUUGCCGAGCUACUCCUAGAGCAUCAACACCUUCCCAUCAUCCAGAGCAUCUUACGCGAAGAGAUUGACGCCAGGAAAGGUAUUCAGACGCUUGCGUCCGUCAUGUCGCUCCUGAAGUAA